UGACCACACAGGACUUUGCGACAGACAGGUCCAUAGUUAAUUAGUUAUAAGAUUUCAUGGGGACGAGAAAAUAAAGCAUAAUAGGUCCAAAGCAUUACAUCCUUUUAAAAUCUCUUUUUCUUCCUUUAUUUGUUUGUAUUCAAAUAUGUAAUGAAGCAAAGCAUCUCUUCUUCUGCACACCACUACAUACCAACUGCAUUCUGCAGGGGCAUGCUUUCCCCUGUGAGCAUCUCUCCAACUUUUCUCUCCUCCGCUUUCCUUUCAGUUAUAAACUUAGUUCCCUCAGUUUUAAUCUUUAAAUUUGAUGCAUUUUGUACAUAUUUUUAAAUUUAUUUUAGUCUAAGUACAAAUGCCUUCUUAAAGUUCAAAAUCUUGGCUACUGAUGAAUACUGAUAGUGAAUGAUGUUAUAAGUGUUUCUACGAGAGGAUAAGUCAUUAUUCAAAAACCUCGAAAUAGAGAACAAGAGUCUAGUAACAUAAUGAGUGUGCUAACAGGGUCCUCACAAACUUCUUGGAAUCCAGUAAUGACCACGAGCACAAUAACCCCAGGCUACUGGCUGAAUUGGAGGGUCUUGAUUUGUGCACUUUGGAUUAUAAGUUCUAUUUCAUUGGCAGCCUUCCUGAUAUCAAGGUAUGAAGGCCCUCCAAAUUCAAGAAGUAAAAGGAGGGAAACUCAGGAAGGUAAAACUUCUGGAGGUGUGUUGUAUGAGGAUGAACUCUGGAAGCCAUGCCUCAGAGGAGUGCAUCCAGUGUGGUUGCUUGUAUAUCGUCUAAUUGCCUUUUUCGUGCUUCUGAUAAUGCUGAGUUUAAAUGGUGCAGUUGAUGGUGGCAACAUAUUUUGCUACUACUCUCAAUGGACGUUUACUUUGAUAACCAUCUAUUUUGGGCUCGGAUCCUUGCUAUCUAUUAAUGGAUGCUACAAGCACCACAAUAAAGUGGACGAUGAAAGAAUUGCUAACCUUGAGAUGGAGGGAGAAGUUGAGAAAGGCACUCUGCAUACUUCUGGACCCCCAAAUUUUACUAAUACUGCAACUUCUACUAAAGAAUCUGCUAGAAAUGGACAAGAUCGUGAAAUUGCUGGCUUGAUGGGCUACGUUUUUCAAGUUAUUUUCCAGAUGAAUGCAGGUGCCGUGCUGCUAACAGACUGUGUGUUUUGGCUCAUUAUUGUGCCAUUUCUUACCCGCAAAGAUUACCAUUUGAAUGUUUUACUAAUAAGUAUGCACUCGGUCAAUGUUGUUUUUCUGCUUGGUGAGGCUGCAUUAAAUUGCUUGCGGUUUCCUUGUUUUCGAAUUGCAUAUUUCUUCUUGUGGACAACUGUAUAUGUUAUUUUCCAGUGGAUCUUACACUCAGCUUUGUCAACUUGGUGGCCAUAUCCAUUUCUUGAUCUAUCAAAUUCAUAUGCUCCCCUAUGGUACUUGUCGAUUGCUCUGUUACAUAUACCAUGCUAUGGUGCUUUCGUGUUGAUAAUAAAGCUCAAACACUUGACGUUUCCAAGAUUAUUUGGUCAGUCCUACCAAUAUGUGUACUAGUUUGGAUUGCUCUAGCAAUGGCACAUCACUGAUGUGAAAACUAAUCAAAUUUUCUCACAUGGAGAGCUAAAGCUUGUACGUUCUGCACAUGAUUAGAAUGCACAACAGAGGCUGCAAAUAUGUCUGCAGAAGUUACACGAAGAGAUUUGUAGUAGUUUUGUUUAUGGAAUUAGAAGCAAUGUAAUGUAUAUAUCCCUUGUAUCCGAGAUAAUGGUACCUUUGAAUGAUAAGUACUUAAGUA